CUGAGAUCCUUUCCUCUGAACUAUACCAUUCCAUCGGCAGCGAAGUUGGAUUCACCGUUUGUUUUUCCAAAUCUUGAUCCAAUCACUUUGGAAAUCGGUCUUUUCCUUGACUCAAAACUUUUCGAACAUUUUCAAAGGGAUUUUAUUCAAGACGCUGAACAACAUCUACUCGACUUCUCAUUAGCUUUAAUCAAUAAUGUUCAUGUACUCUAUCAACAACCCACACUGUCUCCAAACCUGGAAAUUGUCAUCGUUAGAUAUGAAAUGUGGAAAUCACAACCGGUAAGAUUUUAUUCACUCAGAAGCAGUGUAGGAUGA